AUGGGCCUUGGACAGUGGAUUGCGAACUACCAGAGCUGGGAAAAUGUCGACAAAAACGAGUUGCCGAAGGAAAUCCCCGAGGUGGAAGAAGUCGGCGCCACCUCUGCUCCACUUUUGAGUGCUUCCUUCUUCAUUGGAGCCAAGUGCAAGCCAUACAAUGACGACUUCAUGUUGUGCAAAGACGAGCACAAUGGAGGCACGGUCGAGUGCUUGAAGGAGGGCAGACGCGUCACGAGGUGUGCUGUUUCCGUGUUGAAGGACAUAAAUAAGUACUGUUUCGACGAGUUCAAGUUGCACUACGAGUGCCUCGAGCAGGAGAACCACGAAUUGGGCUCGUGCAGGGCCACGGAGCAGAUCUUCAAUAAGUGUGUCUUUGACAACUUGAAGUUGGAGAAGAAAAUCCCGGGUGCUGACGAGCAGGUCCACACGAAGAUGGACCGUAUCUACUCUGGCACGGGGUACGACAAGAAGGCGGCUGCCGCGUUCUUGGAGGCAAGAAAGCCAGCAUCCGAGCCCUCGCAAUAA